AUGUUCUCUCUCGUCAAGCUUACCACCUUUGUUACCAUCACGUUCGGUGCCAUUGCCGCCGUCUCUGCCGCCGCCGUGCAGACCAAACGCCAGAGCGACAGCCUUAUUGCCAUUUUGGCCGAGUUGACUGCGCAGCUCGCACCCGCCGCCGCACAAUUGAGCUCCCUCGACGCAAACAACGCGACUGCAGAAAACAUCACGCCCAUCGUCAGCAGUAUCACUAGCAAUGUGCAGAGCUCGCAGAGCAAAAUCAGCGCACUUCCCACUCAAGACACCAAUUUCGUCUCCUCAGACGACGUAGCCUCCGGUUUGAACGGUGUCUUCCAGACCGUCCUUUCUCCUGCUAGUAAUGUAAUGGCACUUCCUGGUGUUGACUCGGCUAAGGUUGGACCUGCCUUUUUGCCGCUUGGCGUCGUUCUUGACGGUCUUGUCAUCGCUGUCUUUAGCGUUGUCGUUGACCUCGUGGUAGUGGUCAAGGCUACCCUGGACACAUUGCUCGUUGGCGUCGUUCAUGUCAUUCUCGAUCUGAAAUUCACUACCCUUAUUGCUACACUCGGCCUUGGAGUUGUGUAG